ACCUCAUAUAGUUGCAACAGAGAUUGCUCAAUGCUGCAUUUCUUGAAAACAAGUGGAAAGCAAAAGUGAAACCUAGUCCAGUUUUAAACAGAUUCUGUGAAUUAACGAAGAGAGAACAGAGCGGUUGACGGUCCGGGUGCUGCGAUGUCGAAAAUGAUUCAAGUGUACGUGAUCGGCCUGAACGGAGAAACAUAUACUAUUGAUAUUGGGGAAUCCGAAGAGGAUUUCAAAAGGAUGACAGUCCUCAGUUUCAAGAAGAAAGUGCUCGAGAUAUCGCAAAUAGAGGUCCGGGACACAGGUGACCUCCGCAUGCUUUUUGUCAAUGAGCAACUGGAAGACAAGAAAAAAUUGGCUGGUUAUGGGAUCAAGGACAGAUCCUAUAUACUCGCCGUAAUGGAUAUGGUAGGAGGGGGGGAAUGUACAGCGAGUGAGAUUCUCACCUGUGAAACAUUCGUGUCAAGCAUCAGUCGGGUGUUGGACUUCAGAGACAGUCGGAGCGGUCGUGAACAGGCGGCAGAAACCUUUGGACACAUUGGUGAUGAUGACCUAAGUGUUCUCAGAGUGGAGAUGUCCUGUCGACAUGCUGUGGACCCCACAUCACUGACCGGAUGGUGCCGUAGCCUGAUAGAUUCUGGUCAUUUCACAUUCCACUGCCCUGGUAAAAAGGAUGGAACAGAAGAAAAGUGCAACAAGGAAUGGCCCUAUGUGGAGGUUCGCAGGCAUGCGUUGCUGGAUAACGAUGAACAGAAGUAUUUUGAAGAGAAGGUUGCCUUACUCGCUGCGGCAAAGUACUGUGAAAUCAGCACGCGAAGAGAGAACAGAGCGGUUGACGGUCCGGGUGCUGCGAUGUCGAAAAGGAUUCAAGUGUACGUGAACGACCUGAAAGGAAAAACAUAUACUAUUAAUAUUGGGGAAUCCGAAGAUGAUUUCAAAAGGAUGACAGUCCUCAGUCUAAAGAAGAAAGUGAUCGCGAAAUUGCUACCAGAGGUCCGGGGCACAGAUGACCUCCGCCUGCUUUUUGGCAGUGAUCAACUGGAAGACAAUAAAACAUUGGCUGCUCACGGGAUCCAGGACAGAUCCACAAUACUCAUCGUACUGAGUCUGCCAGGAGGGGGAACGUACAGCGAGUGAGAUUCUCACCCGUGAAACAUUCGUGUGGAAAUGAAGAUUCUGGACAAUGAAUAGUAAUGAUCCAUAUGUCUCUGAUCCGAAAAUGCCGACACAACGAUAAUCUUAACAUUCAUAAAGUGUAUGUUACCCAAUGUACCUUAGUAUUUAUUUCAAUAUGGGGCUUCAACAUUUCACCUGAUGUUCUAUACACUGUAUUCUCGUCUGUAAACCAAUCCUGCAUUGUUUCAAUACUUUAUUUUUAUCCUCACCGAAAUAGUCUUUGUAUUUCCCCAUCAGCUGUUUAGCAUGGGAUAGUAAAUGCGAUGAUUACACUACCUAUCGAGUGAGUAAAUACAACGAGGCAGUUUUGUAUAAACGUUGCAUGCAUGACCUUUGCUCAAAUAUUAUUUACCUUUAUCCUUUAUUAAUAAAUAUUUUAAAUGUAUGCAGUGUUGUACAAGCACAAGGCUGGUGUUUAAGACGGGAGGUGAAAAUAUUGGAGAACUAAAUGUGGAAAGAUGACUAAUGAAGGCAAGCAUGCCAAAUAAUUGACUCACCACUGCCGUCAGGGAACUAUGCACUUCUAACCCGAGGCCUGCCCUGGUUUAACACCAAAAUGCAACACGUUGCACUUGUCACAGUUAUAUUCUAUUUGCCAUUCCUUGGCCGACUUUCUCAUUUGUUCCAGAUUGUAAUCCUAAAUAACCUUCUUUACCCCCCACUCUAUCUCCAAUGUUGGUGUUGGUAGCCAACUUUGCCCAGCUCACUGUACGGCAACAAUGCAGGAACUCCUGGCAUUAACUGCUCCAAUAUAUACCACUAGUCUCGAAAAUGAAUGUUUAAUCAUUGUACCCAAGUCCUACUCUAAUUCCUAGUUAAUCCACACAUGAGAUUUUAUUUACCCUAGUACUAUAAACAUUCAACUAAUAGAAGAAACAUCACAAACAAUUUCACAUUUAUAAAGGCAGGUUUCUACACAUAUUUUUCAUGUUAUUUUCAGAAAAUUGUAUCACAUCUUGUUAUAAUUUUACUGUUGGUGAAGUGAAAGAAUAAAAUGAAGAAAUGUGUGGAUAACUUUGUCAUCUUUUCCAUUGAUUCCCUUGCAUUAAAUAUGUGUGUAGUUUACUUAUCCUUAAGGGGCUGUCCCACUUGGGCGACCUCCACCGCGAGUUCUGGCGAGUUUGCCCUCAAUCCAUACUCGUAGCAUGGUCGCCACAAGGUCGUAGGAGGUCUUCGUAACUCUCCUUCAUGUUCGAGAGUGGUCUCCGCGUACUCGAGGCCUCAGCUAGGUCGCUGCGGUUUUUUCACUAUGUUAAAAAAUGCCUGCGAGUAAAAAAAGGUCGCCAUGGAAAAAUCGAUACUUUUUUUACUCGUAGGUUUAGUCGUAGUAGGUCGGCAUGUCAGUCGUGGGUAGUCGAAGCUAGUCGUAGGUAAUCUUCAUCAUAGUCGAAGGGCGGUCGAAGGAGGUCGUCUUCACUCUCCACUAUUCGGUGUCCAAUUUUCCCUUAGUUAGUCGAAGCUGGUCUUCAACGCGACAUUUUUUUCAAACUCUCCUAAGCUCUUCUUAACUUGCCAAUUAGGUCGCCCAAAUGGGACAGGCCAUUUACUCUUCAUUCUCAACCUGAAACAUCGCCCAUUCCUUCUCUCCAGAGAUGCUGCCUGAUCCGCUGAGUUACUCCAGCAUUUUGUGUCUACCGUUGAUUUUACCAGUAUCUGCAAUUCUUUCUUACACAAAAAGUGAAACCUUUAUUGUCUGCGCUCAAUCAUGUUCUACGAUUCUUACUGCCAUAAGGCUAAAUGGCCCAGAAUGAAGUUGAACAGAGCAUAUGUACAUUGUGACAACACACAAACACAAGCAAAUAGGAGCAAGAGGACGUCACCCUAAACCUGCCACACCAUGCAAUAUGACAAUGGUUGGUGACUUCACUUCUGUGCCCAUUCCCUAUAACACCUAUGGGCGGCACAGUGGUGCAACUGUACAGUUGCUGCCUUACAGUGCCAGAGGCAGAAUAAUCAGGUUCCAUCCUGACUGUGGGUGUUGUCUGUACAGAGUUUGUACAUUCUCCCCGUAAACUGCGUGGGGUUUCUCCCUGAUCUCCAGUUUCCUUGUGGAUUUUAUUGUCAAUAUAAUUGAUUAACAGUUCAUUUAUAUUUUCAUAAUAAAUUCAUAUUUUUAAUGUCUUUGUCAAUUUUUGUACAUCUUAAUAUAUAGAGACUGGGAUGAGUGAUUUAACUGAUAAAGGUUAAUAAAAGGUUACAUUCAUAACGCUCAGGAACAUACUCUGCCCACGGCAUCAAA